UUCCAAUUUGGCUGUGAAACAACGAAGAACGUUCUGCCGAGCGAGCGAAGAAUUCGCUAAGAGUGCAAUUAAAAGCGUGGAAAGCGGAAGAAAGGCAGUGCGAAGAACGGUCUUCCUGGCAAACAACGAGCGAGUAAAGUUCGUCGAGAGUGCAAUUAAAAGUGUAAGAUCCGACGAGCGAAGAACGAGCGAGAAGAGUUCGUCCGGAGUGCAGUGAAAGGGGUAGAAGUGAAAGAAAGUGCAAGAAAGUGGCGAUAAGACGGCAUCUAAUUAUAGACCCCACUGGUGGUCUAAAAAUAAACAACCGCAAACAACGCCAAACAAUUGGAGAGUGUUUUAAACAGCUGUUCGAUUCGGAUUCGGACUCGGAUUCUACUCUCUCCCGGAGAAAGAGAUAGAGAUAAGGACGCGCAGAGAGCCAGCCCAGCGCAACAUGAGCGAAGAGUGAGCGAGAAAGAGACAGAGACUGAGACUGAGUCUGAGACUGAGACUGAGGUUGUGGCAGUGGAAGGGAGAUCGCGGCAGAUAGGAACACGAGACACUCCGAAGAAAACGGCAGCUUUACGUUCCAGCAACCAAGCGUCUAGCUUCCAAAAGCGUUUCCAAUUCCAAGCCAGUCGCAACGACAGCGGAAUACCGCUACAAUUCGCACUCUCAGUCGACUGCCCUCUCACUCACUCACUCCUUCUCCUGCGGCCCGAGACGUAUACCCGCACUCUUCUGUUCCUGCCACAAUACUUCACGCGAUGAAACAACAACUGGCGGGCGCAGCAGCAGCAGAAAACGCAGCAGCCGCAACAGCAGUCGAAAACGCAGCAGCCGCAGCAGAAGUUAACCACUUGCUCUAUUUUCCACACUCCGAACGCCAAUCGAUUUUAAAAGGACAUUGAUCGAACGUCAAUCGCAAGACCCACGGAUAUUUAUCAAUUCGCCCUUUUUUUUUUGCACGUAAAAACCUAUACUAAACAUUAAAAACCCAAACGACUCCCACGAAAAAACUAUAGUUACCCCUUAUUAUUAGUCGCUUUGUUUUGUUUUUUCGUCAAUUGAUUGUGAUUUUGAAACUGUGUGAUCGCAAAAGAAAAUCUGCAAAUUAGCAAAAAAGAAAGUUCCUUAAGCAAGUGAUAAUCCGAUAGAAACUCUAAAGACAGAAAAGAAGAGGAAGCGCCGGAGAAAAGAGACACAAAACCACGAAACUAAAGCAUAUUAGCACCGCAUAAUAUAGUCCACAAAAUCAAGCAAAGCAUAAACAUCAUAAGUAUCGCUGUCAUUCGUCAUCGAGGACUACUACUGAGGAAACUAAUUAAUACUUCAAAAACAAGGAUUAAACGGCAUGCAAACAUGGUUCUCAAAGUGCCAACGUCCAAAGUCCUGCUAGUCCUGGCCACCUUGUUCGCCGUGCCGGCGCUGAUCGGCAGUUGGGUGCCCCAGGUGGCGGCCAGUCCGCUCGCGCCCACGGAGUACGAGCAGAGACGCAUGAUGUGCUCCACCGGCCUCAGCGAUGUGAUACAGAAGAUAUGCGUAAGCGGAACGGUGGCCCUCGGCGACGUUUUUCCCAACAGUUUCGGGAAGCGCAGGAAGCGCGACUUGCAGAGUGUGACCGACUUGUGCUGCAAGUCGGGUGGCUGCACCUACAGGGAGCUCUUGCAGUACUGCAAAGGAUAG